AUGAAGCAGUGGAAGAAGAACUUUGGUCUGGCGCAGCGCGCGAUGGCGCUGCGGAUGGACACAUCAGGCAUCGACACGCGGCAAGAGUUAGCAGAAGGGCGAAAACGCGGGAAGGACGGACUGGGGUGGUCAAGAAGACGCCGGAAGGGAGGAGUCAGAAGUUUGCCCUAUGUGGUGGACAGGAAGAUCAUCCACCCUAAUAUGGUGGCGUCCAGCACCCAACGAAGAAGCGAAGAGAUCGGCGCAGCUUCACCCGAGGAGGACGAGCGGAGUGAAGAACUAGAGCGCGAAGAUGAAGAAUAA